CACUGAUGUUAUUUUCGUUCCCUCCCAUGCUCGGAUGGAAGGCAGUGCACUAAAAGCCUUGCGGUGCUGUGUUUAAUGUUUCCCCCCUUUUCUUUGCAGUGCCUGCUGUUUCCACAUCCACAGGAAGAAGAGGGUGGCAUCAUGAGAGGAGGAGUGUUCAAAGCAUCCAUGCGUCAGCUCUCCCACCCUCCUAUCACCUGGGAAUGUACACACUUCGAUUUCUGUGGAAGGCAGCUGGGCUGACAUGCUCCAGUUCAUGCUCGGAACAAACAAAGGAGCUACAACAGCAGCCACAGGGUCUGAUCACUGAUGCAAUGGGCACAUAGGAAAUGCCAGCUUUUGCAGUGCCUGUUUUGCUUGUCACCUCCUUCAUGUGAGAGACAGGGGACGCGUUGGACUUGCGCUGUGCAACCGCAAGCAUCCAGGAAACCUGGCAGGCGCAAUAGGGAAGCCUUAUUAAAAACAAUGUCCAUUACGGGACUGAAGAAGAAGCAGCCGAAAAUGUUUAAAGUGAAGGUCACCACGAUGGACGCCGAGAUGGAGUUCAACUGUGAGAUGAAAUGGAAGGGCAAGGACCUCUUUGACCUGGUGUGCCGCGCUUUGGGCCUUCGGGAAUCGUGGUUCUUCGGCUUGCAAUACUGCGCCAAAGGGAUGGGGACCUGGCUGAAGAUGGAGAAAAAGGUUUUGGACCAAGACGUGCCCAAAGAAGACCCCGUCCGCUUCAAUUUCCUGGUCAAGUUCUACCCCGAAAAGGUCGAAGAGGAACUGCUCCAGGAGAUCACCCAACACCUCUUCUUCCUCCAGGUUAAGAAACAGAUACUCAACGAAGAAAUCUACUGUUCGCCGGAGGUGACGGUUCUGUUGGCGUCCUACGCCAUUCAAGCCAAGUACGGCGACUACGACCCAGACCUCCACAAGCCAGGAUUCCUCGUUCCGGAAGAACUCCUUCCAAAGAGAGUCCUGCGUCAAUAUCAGAUGACCCCCGAUAUGUGGGAAGAAAGGAUUACGGCUUGGUAUGCGUGCCAUCGAGGAAUAGCCAGGUACGAAGCAGAGAUGAACUACCUGAAAAUCGCACAAGACUUGGAAAUGUACGGCGUGAAUUAUUUCCCUAUCGCUCAAAAGAAGAACCACACCGAAUUCCUGCUCGGUGUCGACGCAAAAGGGGUCCACGUCUACAGCAUCAACAACCGCUUCUCGCCAAACAAGUCUUUCGAAUGGAGCAGCAUCCGGAACAUCUCUUACACCGAGAAAGAGCUCACCAUUAAACCCAUUGACAAGAAGGAGGACGUCUUCAAGUUCUUCUCCUCCCAGCCGAAAGUCAACAAACUGAUCAUGCAGCUGUUCAUUGGAAACCACGAUUUGUUCAUGAGGAGGCGGCGAGUGGAUCCCAUCGAGAUCCAGCAAAUGAAAGCUCAAGCGCGGGAGGAAAAAGCUCGGAAGAAGAUGGAGCACCAGCGCCUGGCCAGGGAGAAGCAGCUGCGGGAAGAGGCAGAACGCGCCAAGGACGAACUGGAACGGCGCCUCUUCGAAGUGGAAGACGAAGCCCGCCAGGCCCACGAAGCGCGGCGCCGUUCGGAGGCCACGGCGGAGCUUCUGGCGGAGAAGGCCCAGAUUGCGGAGGAGGAGGCCAAACUCCUGGCCCAGAACGCGGCCGAGGCAGAGGAGCAGCGGCAAAGGCUGGAGUUGGCUGCCUUGAAGACGAAGGAGGAGAAGCGCCUGAUGGAGCACAAGAUGCGGGAGGCCGAGCUGAUCGCCAUGACACUGGUGAAGGAGUCAGACCGGAGGGCCAAGGAAGCCGAACAUUUGAAGCAGGACUUGCAUGUGGCCCGGGAGGCUGAGGAAAAGGCCAAGCAGAAGCUCCAGGAGGUGAGCAGGAGUCGGCCUGCUACACCGCAUCCUCCCAAACUUCUCCCGGCCUUAACUGUGGAUGCCGAGAAGGGAUCCACAAAGCUGGAUUUACGGGACAUCGACUUGAAGAGGCUUUCCUUGGAGAUCGAGAGAGAAAGGUUAGACUACCUGGACAAGAGCCGGAAGUUCGAAGAUCGGCUGAAGGAACUCAAAUCCGAAAUCCAAACGCUGAAACUGGAAGAGAAACAGGCCAGCUUCCUCUCGCAUUGGAACGAAGUCCUGGGCGCUUUGGACCGCUCUUCGGCCAAGCUGUGCAAGGUUCCUUUGUGGAUGAAAGCUCUGGAGGUGGACUUUUUGGAGAGCCUGCAAAGACCUUUCUUAGAGACUCCGCUCUGCGUGACCGAUGAUGGCUCCAUGCCCAAUGCGCCGGUGGCCGACGCCCCUCUCCAGACGGACUCCUUGGUUGCCAGCCAUGUGGGCACAGGUGCCAGGAGGCACAUUAAGGUCCAGCAGCACAAGACAGAUGUCAUCUAUAUCUGAAUCUCAAAUGCUUGUUUGAUAAACUCUCAAGGCUAUUCUAGCGAUCCGGGAAAGACUGAUGGCAUGAAGGCAUGAGAGACAUGGAAUAUUUCUAUCUGGUUCCCACUUGGUGCUUCUUCCGUUAUGAAACUGGCUGAUCCAAAGAGCGGAAGCUGAAUGCACCUUCUUGGUGGUAUCCUCAAAUGUCGUCUGUGUUAACUGAAGAUCCAUCCUUGCAAUGUUCAAAGACUCUUUAAGGGAUGGAAACAGUGAAAGCAUAAGCGUAAGCCGGUGAUCCUAUUAAGUUACUUGAGAGCAAGACCACAGGACAGAGUGGCAUUUACUUUGGAGUAGACAGGAAAAAAAUCACCAGGCUGGGUGCCCUUUGGAAACCAGCAAAAGACAUUCAUUGUGGCUCAUUGAGUUCUACUGAAAGCAACCAAGGUGUACUUACAAUGACUUAACCAAAUCAAGGUUCUGUAUAUGUAGGGAUUUGUGUAAAGGUGGGUGUUUAUGGCCAUACAUGCGGAGAUUGAUGUUUAAAGAGUUCUCUAGGUUUCCAUGAGUAUGUUUUUCUAGAAAAAGUAAAAUAAAAGACGGACAAAACAUGGUGUCGAAA